AUGGAUGGGUCUGAAGUAAAGAAACGCAUGAGCAAAUGUGGCUUUGGAGAAUAUGAACCAAUUGCUUAUAAAUACAGUUUCGUAGCAGCACAGCAUAACCUGAAUGUGAGUUUGACUUCGCGAACAAUUGAUAAAGUUAUUCAUCGUUGUCUGACUCAUGAAAUUGGAAAGCACGAGAAAAAAGUUGAUUUUGAUAAGCUUCCAGUUGACAAAGCAGAUGAUAAAUCAGAGAAAAGAGACGUGAAAGCUGUGAUCGAAACAAAAGAAGCACGAAAAGAACGUGAAAAGGCUGAAUGGGAGCGAUUAUCGAUUAUUGAGAAACUAGUGAAAAAAUACUUUCCAUCUCACAUAAAUUCAAUCGCUAUUUUUGUUGUUUUCGGUGUUGGCUAUGUCAUUUAUGAGCAAGUCAAAAAUGAUUUUGAGAUCAAAUAUACGUUCCGACAUGGCUCAUGUCCAAAUUUCAAAAUUAAAGAAGAUCAAUUAUUAGACCGAAGAGAAUUGUGUAGUACGUUGGAAUCUAUUAUGAGACCUGUCGAAGACAAACUCGUUUCAUCUUAUUACAUCGUCAUUGGUGACCAUGGGGUUGGAAAAACCACUUUGAUUCGUCAAGCUGCACGAAAAAUUGGCCGCGGUGUGAUCUACGUUGAUGUUCCUUCGAAUACGGAAAAGUUUGGCUUUGCUUUUGCCCGUGCAAUACGAUUUCAUUUCAAAGAACAUCUUCGUCUGUCAAAUUGGAUUGAAUCGAAAAUGUUCGGUUCACCACCAGAUGACGGCAAGGAAGCCAGUUGGGAACGUGUUUUGAUUUCAUUUCAACAAUACGCUCUUGAUUUUAAAAAAAGAUACGGCCACGUGCCCGUUUUAAUCUUCGAUAACUGUGAUUCGUUGGCGAAAAAAGAUCAGAAAAUGUUGGAAAUUUUGCAGGAUACAGCUAAAACAGCCAUUGAUGAUUCAACAUGGGUCACUGUCUUUGUCGGAUCAGUCGGCGAAACACCAGAACAAAUGGAGGGUCGAAGCAGCAUCACUCGCGCUUCGUCGUUUAUCGAAAUUGGAGAUUUAAAUGAGAAAGAAGCCAUGACGUAUCUGACGGAAAAACGAAGUCUUUCAAAAGAUAUGGCAAAACAAAUUUAUGAUUUGUACGGUGGGCGUUUCAAGAGUUUACAGAAUGCCGCAACGAAAAUCGAAAGUGGUAUAUCAUUUGCCGAGAUUCGUUUGGCAACUUUGAAUGAUAUUUUUCGUCGAAUCGAGAAACUCCGCUGUCGUGCAACGAGUGAAGAACAAACAUUCAUUUUCAAUAUACUUUGUGGUUUAUUACAUCGAUCUGAGUUGACCGUUGAUGAAUUGGUUCAUAUGCAAGGAAAUGCUGAGAUUCGACACAAGGUGCUCGAAGAACUUCGCAAUGAAACAAUUCUGACUCGAGCGGUGUCGAAGGGCGCUUAUCGAUUCCAUGGCCAAUCGACGAGGACAAAAAUUAAAAUGUUGUCAACAGAAUCUCAAGCUCAAAGUCAACAACAAGUAAAUAGUUAUGACGAACGUGUCUUUAAUGAACGUAUUCGUCAGUUAUUCAAUCCGAUCGAAUCAUCGCUAUCGUCUAAUGACGACAUUGGACAAAUGACUUCAAUUGUUGAUGCACUUUUUCCGGAACAGGCGUCUCUUUAUCAACAACAGAAACAACGUGACCAACGCCAUGCGUCAACCAACGAUCUAACCUCUACUUUCGAUCGAUUUCCAUUGUGGAGCACCAACACAAAUACAGCCAGCACUAACAAUUCAGCAUCGGCUUUUUGCGGUGGCACAACAAAUGGUUCAUCAGCAUUUGCUAAUCGUCGUCAAGGCAAAUUACACAGUUCAACACGUUCAUUACGAAAUGCAAAUUUUCAUCAUCAGCCACAGCCAUCGCAUCAACAACAACAACAUCAUUAUCGACCACCACCACUUACUCGACCCCGUUUUACUUCAUCAACAAUACGUCUAUCCUCAGCAGCGGCAACAACUAUUCCAAAUGGUACUAGCAGCAACACUAAUGGUCUUCAACGGUCAUCAUCGUCACUUUCCACGAACGCUGCUACCAAUGGCUCAGCUGAAUAUCAACCUCGUUUUGCUAGUCGUCUUUCUAGUACUCGUUUACCCACAGCUGCACCACCGGUUGGAUCACAUGAUCAAAUUGCAGGCAAUACAACAUCAAUCGAUUCAAUUGCUCCACCAUCGACAGUUGGUGUUAUGAGUCAACCAUCAUCAACUUCUGCUGUACUUGCGCGCAGUACUUCUUCAACCAAUGGUCAACCACAGCAAUUUGUUACGAUGACACAAACGACAACAACUACCUUCUGUUAUGUACCAGCAUCUGGUUCACUUGCUUACAAUACCUUACCGGGUGCAAAUCGCAGUGCAGCUGUUCCUCAUCAUUAA